UUUGCUCUGAUCUCUCUUGUUGCCUCAUUGUAGACAGUAGUGGACAGUUCCAAAUACUUCGUUAAAAAUGUCUUUUGCUGCUAUUCGCAAUGUUUGCAGAGUUCAGGGUUCAUCUAAAUUACUUCGACUGGCUCUUGUUAAGCGAGGAUAUGCAGAUGAAGCUGUCUCAGGUGGUUUGUCGCUAACAUUUGGAACACCUCACAAGGUAUUUUUCAAUGAACAAGGAGUUUCACAAGUUGAUGUGCCUUCACUCACAGGAAGUUUUGGUAUACUUCCAAGCCAUGUCCCCAUUAUCUCAGUUCUUAAACCUGGCGUAGUCACUGUUUAUAGUGGAGGAAGUACAGAAAAGUUCUUUGUCAGCAGUGGUACAAUCACAGUGAACAAGGAUUCAUCUGCACAAAUCUUAGCUGAAGAGGCAGCUCCAUUAAGUGAUUUGGAUGUCCAUGCAGCACGCCAAGGGCUAGAGGCAUCACAAACUUUACUUUCAACUGCCUCAACAGAUGUCGAUAAGGCCAAGGCCAUUGUUGGAAUUGAAUUUCAUGAAGCCCUUAUCAAAGCACUAGAAUAAGCAUAUUUGAAUUGGAGCCCAAGAAAAUCAUCUCUUUGAUGGACGAAAUGCUAGAAGAACUUUUAGUAUAGUUAAAUAUCAACAAAAUUUUCAAUAUGUCAGCGUGUUGUGCAAAUGACAGUGGUUUUACACAUUUAUUGUUGCCCUUGAAAUGACAAUUAUUAUAUCAGGUUGUUUUAUUUUA